AUGACGAAAGACUGGGAGUUGGUACAAGAUGAGAUCAAGGAACUUUCUUUUGUUCAAAAGAAGCCUUUGGAAGAGGUCAAAGAGCUGAUGGAACGCAAACACAAGUUUCGGGCUUCCACGCGAGCCUAUCGCAUGAAAUUGAAAGAAUGGGGUAUUAUGAGGCACAAACCGCGAAGGACCACUAAACAGCGUCGUGAGACGCGAUCACCAAGCGAACAAAGUCCCGAUGAGCCGGCUCAGCGCGGCGAUGAAUCAGUCGAAGUGACUGAACCUAUUGCGAUAGAAACAGAUUCCAGAGAACAUUGUACUAGAACUGGUGGCUGGCAGAUCGUGGCUAGUCUGCCGACUUUGAUUGCUGAUGAAGCUGGUACGGUUGCGGAGCCAACUUUCCUGGGACUAUUGAAUCAGCCACAAGACCUUCGACCAUCGUUCGAGGAAUCAUGGUCGCAAAACCCUAUGCAAUCCUCAUACAUAGUACUAGACAUGGUUGGUGCAGUCUUGGAAGGCGAUUUGCAAAAGCUUGAAAAGCUUAUCGUUGGUAACGUCGAUCACGUCAAUGACCCCAUAGGUCUGCCUUUCGAAUCAGGCGCCCGGUUUGCCGACCAUCCUGCUUUGAGCGAGAUGGUCAUAUUGCAGCACCCUGAUCAGACCUUGUUUGAUAUUGCUUGCGGCAUGCCUUGCGGUCCAAUCAUAUGGGUCUUGUUUGCUUAUGGUGCAAAAGGCUCCAAACACCCACUAGGUACCGACCUGGCCUUGCAUAAUGCUAUCAAGAAUGGGAGAGCCUAUACUGUUCAGGCGCUACUGCAGCCGGGUCGUUCGGAUGUCGACGGACUUCCGGGCUCAAGCUGGAGUCCUUUACGUCAAGCAGUCUUCUGGAAUGUUCCCGAUGUCGUCCAGAUCCUUCUCAAUCGAGGUGCAAAGGUCGACGAUGCUGGACCUGCGCCUGAAAAUCCCGGCGUUCACACGGCGUUACAACUAUGCCUAUUACAUAGAAUGAACACUUACACAGACUUGGCGGCUCGGAAAAACUGCCAUCUGAUCAUGGAUAUGCUUCUCAGCGCUGGAGCGGACAUUCAUUGCAAGCCUCCGGAGCUGGUCUUCCUGUCAAAUUUCACCAUGUUUGUCAAGCCCUGGGAGAAUCGUCCCUACUGGGCUUUUGAGCUUUCGCCAGAGGAGCUCGAAUGCUUUCGGUUGUUCAUCAGCAAAGGGGCCAGCUUCCCAUCAUACUUUCAAGGGUGCCCUUGCGAAUCUCCCUACAAGGAUACAUUUGAGCAUCAAGCGCUGUGGCAUUCGACUCCGACUUUUGCGAGGUGGCUCAUUGAUAGCUUUGUGCCAACACCUACCAACAACGGUAGCUCACUCCUAUACGAAAUAUUAGGCUGCUGUCCGAAUGCGAAACGCCAUCCAGCUGAUACGCUGCGCGACGUCCAAGUCCUUUUCGAAAAAGGUGUCGAUCCAAAUCGAGCCGCUCGGGACUCCAUCAGUCCAUUGCGAAAGUGUAUCGCAGAUUGUCCCGCCGUGGAUCUUGUUCCACGUCUUCAAAUGCUUCUCGAUGGCGGCGCAGAUCCUGAAGCCGAAGACGCAGACGGCGUCCAGCCAUACAUCCGAGCGGCCGAGACGUUCGAAGAGCCUCUCCUUUCCGAGAUCAUGUCAGCGUUAGUGUCCAAGAUUCCAGGAAAACAAGUACGACACGUCGAUGGCAUCUCAUAUACGUGGACUGUAGGCCACUUUCCAAUUUCGGAAACGCAGACCUACGAUCAAGUCAUGGCAUGCACACGACAAACGGGCGACUUUAUGCUCAACAUGCGGAACAUGGUUCCGGAGCACAUUCAAAGCAUCUUCCAACGAGCUUACUUUACGGUCGUAAGCGAAUACUUUCUAAACACGAUGACUAGGGUGGCAAAAUCCAAGAUGCUGAGCUCGAAAGAGAAGGAUGAGAUCGUUUGGGUUGUUUCAAUGCGAGAUGGGGCUGAUCUACCAAAAUACAAAUUCGAUCAAAAGCUCGUCAUCGCACUGCUGGACCCACAACCAAUACCUAGCAUGGUGCUUGAACCUGAGAACGAUACUACAACCACUGACUUAGUGAACUCCGAUGUGAUGGGUGCUCUUGCGAGCUCCCCAGCGUCUAGUGUUACCAUCACUGCAACUGCGACGGGCCCUCCAGUCCACACUCCCUUCCACUUCAAUCCCAAUAACGCGACAACUACCAAAGACCUGCCGCCAUCUUCUGAAUCUCCGCAAUGGCUUGACGACUUCUUUGUGGCAUCCACAACACAAAUCCGGUGGCGCGACCCAUGUGCACGACCCAAGCCAGACGAUACUCAGAAAGCUAUAGCAGCCGUUCUGAUAUACAAGUGUACAGCUUGCAAUGAUGGAAAACUGCUCACAAAGAGUGAGCUAGAAAGACAUGAGACUGAACAUGAGCACACGGCGGGCUGCGAUAUCGUUGGUUGCAAGAGGCGCUUUUGUGUCGAAAAAAGAAGUAGGACAAAUGGUGCAGGAUGUCAAGAUCAUCUAUUCGGUGGUUGA